CACAGUUAACUGAGGAAGGAGAAAGGAUAGUAGCGGAAGUAACUUCUGGUUCUGAGGGUUAUAUUACAUCUUCUACCGCAGCUGUGAUUGGAAAAAAAUUCGAACAAUCAGAUAGUGGAAUAGAGUCGAAAAGUUUCUUAAAAGAAGAAGCCGGCGAGGAAGGAAUGAAAGUGCAAAAAUUAUUAGAGGACGAUGAAACGAUGAAAAGUAAAGAGGGUUCUGCCAUUAUUCAAGGAAAUACUGAUUCCGGUUCUAUUAACCAAACUCAAGAGGCUCAAAUUCAAGUUUCUCCAUCUAGUUCUUGA